AUGAUCUCUCGGGAAUACAGCACCUGUGACCGCCGAGGCGUCGUGCUGCUGCUCAGCUCGAAAUCCGCGCUGUCAGGCUGCAAAGACGUUGCAAAGGAGGAAGAAGUCCAGGAGGAGAGGAGUUUCAGCCUUUCUGAAAGAUCAUUACGAGGAUUCUCGAGAAGAGACUUCAUUGUCUCCUCAAGCUUGCUCGCACUGGCACCAACAACUGCAGCGAACGCUGCUCCGACAUGGUCGGUGGAGGAUCUUGUGGUGCCGGAUGAUCUGGGAGAGGACAAGACCUUGCUAUGGAGGAAGCUGAAAGAGGGAGAUUUGGAGAAGAUGAAGCAGAAGAUCGAAUCGCCGGACAUUUUCUACCCCACCUGGAUGUACGGGCUGUGGAAGGUUGAAUCCACCACGAGGCUGGUGGAAGCGCCGCUGGGAGAAGAUCUCUUCGGCAGGCCAGGGGCGCUAGAGAUGGCGAGGAAAGAAGUGAAGCAGACGCUCACCUACCAGGCGAGGUUCCGAAGAGCAGCAGAUGGGAGGGUGAUCGCUGACAGACCUUUCAACGUCGACUCAAUCACAAGAGCCUCACUGGGAGACUCUGCCGUGCUCGAGUGCUUCGAGGAGGAGGGGAACGCCAACAAGCUAAGGGUCUCGAUCCUCCCCAAGAAUGCCGGAGGGAGAAUUUUCAAUGCAGACCUGCAAGUUACUGGGCGAUCACAGAGCCCCUGGGAUCACCCGACCAACUUUGCAUGCUCGGAGACCUCAAGCCAGACCAUCGUCGCAGAGAAUGACCCGAUCAGGGGAACGUUGGGAAUAGCAGAGUCUCGAUCCCUCGAGCGGCAAGUGUUCUUCCGGGGAGCAGGAGAGAGCAACGGCUUCUCCUCUAUCCAGCGCAUCAGCACGUUCCUGCCGGAGAAAGAAUUCCGGGAGGACCUGCGGGCCAAGAGGAUCGGGGGAGUUGGGAUCAGCAAGAAGUUCGAGAGCAUCCGACGGGUGCCGGUGGACGUGCGCGAGUACGAGAUCCGAUACUCGCUGAUCCGAGGAGGCAAGGCUCCAGCGACGGGAUGA